CGACCCGAGCGGUCUGGUCCUUGGGAUCUCGUCUUCCAGUUUCGUAACCCGCGAUCGAAGCCUGUACGGAAGCCGACACCAUUCGCCGCCACCACCAUGGCGAACACUUCUGUCGAGUCGGUUUCUCACGCUACGAGCGUAUCCCAGACACAGAGAUUCCUUUCGUCGACCCAGGUUCCAAUCACAGCUGGUCCCCCGUUUCAAGAGCAGCCUCGGAAACUGAAAGGGAAGCAAAGAUUGCUUGCCGGGUUACAACGCAUAUCAUCGUCUCCUUCGGUCGCACGAUUAAGUACAACACGCUCGCGAGGGUACAGCGGCUCUGGUAGAGCGUCGGUGUCUUGCAUAUCGCUCAAUGCAGCAGCAGGCCCUACUCUGGCUAGAGAGCUCUCCGUCGGCCAGCUGGAAGGCCGUUCUGCCCUGAGCACUCCCGGGAUACAAAUACCGCUCUUUGAUGAGGCUGCGAGGCAUCGCUAUCUAUCAGGUCUGGAUGGCAAGCUCGCCGUCGGUGUUCCUACAGACCUACGCACAACGCCUAUCCCUCGCACUGCGACACCGGGUAUUGCAGAAGUGGACGACGACUACUUCUCACGGCCCGUCACGGAUGUGGUUCAGUGCAAAGACUUCAACUUUUGGCGUGACUUACCUUCCGAGCUCAGAACGGAGGUCUUGACGUAUCUCAAACCCAGAGAGAUUGUCCGAUGUUCGACCGUGUCCAAAUCGUGGCAUGCGAUGUGCUUCGAUGGUCAACUCUGGAGCGAUCUCGACACAGGUGGUUUCUACCAAGACAUUCCGGCGGAUGCACUCGUGAGCAUAAUCACCGCGGCAGGACCCUUUGUGCGAGAUCUCAACCUCCGAGGUUGCGUUCAAUUGAGAGAACGAUGGAACUCGAGAGGUCUUUCUGACGCCUGCACAAACUUGGACAAUCUCUCCCUCGAAGGUUGCCGCAUCGAUCGGGCUUCGAUUCAUAACUUCCUGUGGUCGAACAGCGGACUGGUGCACAUCAAUCUAACUGGCCUUGCAGGAGCCACCAACGCCGGCAUGAAGAUUAUUGCUUCCAACUGUCCCAAGCUGGAGUAUCUCAACAUAUCUUGGUGCAACAAUGUCGACACUCGAGGGUUGCGGAAGGUGAUUGAGGGGUGUCCGGAACUCAAAGAUCUCCGUGCAGGUGAGAUUCGCGGUUGGGAUGACCUGAACUUCGUGCACGAGCUCUUCCUCAAGAACAGUCUGGAGAGGCUCAUUCUGAUGCAUUGUGACACCUUGACAGAUGCUGCCCUUGCGGUACUCAUUGAAGGCAAGGAUAGCGAGGUUGAGAUUCUCUCCGGUAGACCAGUGGUCCCAGCUCGCAAGUUCAAGCAUCUCGAUCUGACCAGGUGUCGCGGCAUUACGGACAAAGGCCUGAGAACACUUGUUGGGAAUGUACCGAGCAUCGAGGGUUUGCAGCUCUCGAAGUGCAGCGGCAUUUCCGACUCGAGCAUGAUAGAAUUACUGCCAACAACUCCACUAUUGACUCAUCUGGACCUCGAGGAACUGGAGGACUUGACCAAUGCAUCGAUGCAGGCUCUCUCGAUCGCCCCGUGUGCCAGCAAUUUCAAACAUCUGGGCGUCUCCUACUGUGAGAAGAUUGGAGAUGCUGGUAUGUUGCCGGUGUUGAAGAAUUGUACAAAUCUCCGUUCGCUCGAGAUGGACAAUACGCGUAUCGGCGAUCUCGUCCUGGCUGAAUCCGCGGCCAUGGUACGGCAGCGAUCACCUCGUACGAAGUUGCCCGGCGUUAUCGUUCCAGGGAAACCGCUGUUCAAGCCUUCGGUAGGCCUCAAGGUGGUCGCUUAUGACUGCCAGCAUGUCACCUGGACAGGCGUCCGCGAGAUCUUAUCGCGAAAUGCGGAUGUCUCAAUCACGACCCACACGACCCAGCUGCCGCCGUUGGAGAAGCAGUCGGCCUCGAGCUCAGCAUCUUCCUCGGCUGAGAAUCUCAUCAUGCUGCCUCGACUUCACAUCAUGAGGAGCUCAACCUUCCCUACUGAAGUGAUUCAGCUGAAAUGCUUUUACACAUUUCAGCCGACUGUCGAAGAGCACACCAAACGCGUGAUGCGAGGAGAUUUCGUCGCCGCCCGUCGCCUAGAACGGAAAUGGGCAGAGUUCAUGAUGGCCCAGGAAGAAGCUGGUGCCGGUCCAGGGAGGAGAAGACGCCAGCGGAGACUGCGCGAGACCCAGAUGAUGCAUGCCGACGAAGAGGAUCCUGUGGCUCCGGGCUCUGGCGUUGGAGGAGGAAGGCGGCGACGCGCUAGGAGCGGUGGAUGCAAUGUCAUGUGAGCGUGAUGUUAUGGGGUUUUCUUGCUGGUAUAGAUGAAUGCAUUGGGAGGCCGUGUUUGGCGUUUCGAUGUUCUUGGUUUGGUGCAUAGCAAUUUCGGGAGGAUGAUGAAUGGGAUGACAUGCCACGGAUGACAGUACGAGGGAGAAAUGAGAUAACCUGAUUGACACGUCUGGC